CCCGCCAUGGCGACCGGCGAGCGGGUGGCGGCGCAGCCUCUGUGGCCCGUAGAGGCCCGGUUGGCGGCGCUGCUUCCCGACCUGCUGGUGUUCAGGAAGCCCCGGCGAUCGGAACCCGAGCUCGCCACGGCCCAGGGCGUCCUCCUUGGCGUCCACGUGACGGGGUUUACAGCAUUAAUGGACAGGUUCAGCCUGACCUGCAAGUCGGAACAUGACAUGGACAAACUGGCCCACAUCUUCAGUUAUUACAUUAGUGACAUCGUGGAGCAUGUGCUGUGUUUUGGAGGAGAUAUCCUAAAUAUCACAGGGAAUGUGCUUCUGGCACUCUGGACAGUGAAACAGAAUCAACUCAGUGACAUCAUUACCCUGGUGGCAAAAUGCAGUCUAGAGAUACAGGAGAAAUUUGGAAUCUACCAUACCAGAGAAGGCCAGGACCUGCAACUAAAGAUAGGUCUAUCUGCAGGUCGGAUUUCCCAAGUUAUUGUUGGAGAUGAGCAGCGACAGUACCUCUUGGUGAUUGGACAGGAUGUGGAUGAUGUCCAGGUAGCUCAGCGUUUGGCUCAGGCAAAUGAGAUUGUCUUGUCCUGGAACUGCUGGAAGCUCUGUGAGCAGUAUAUGUUUGAAGUGGAAAUCAUGAGGGAGGAUGAAGCUGUGAAGUUAAGAGAUAUGCGGAUCACUGACCCAUUUGAUUUUGAUGAGCAUUUUGACAAGUGCCUUGAUUACCUGCCACAUUACCGGACAAGUGCUGAUACUCUAAGAACCGCCCUGGAGUUGGAUCCAGACUCUGCACUUGAACAAACCCUGCGGAAGCAUAUUAUGAAAAACCUCUUGAAGAAGAUUGAUGAAGGGCAGCCUAUGGAGUAUAUAUCUGAAUUCCGUACUGUGACUAUGGUUUUGGUCAGCCUAGAGUUCCACAAGACAGCAUGGAUGUUGCAUUUGUGUCAUCUUAUCCAGGAGGCUGCCCUGUACAUCUCUACAGUCAUAGAGAAAGGGGGUGGCCAGCUAAGCCGGAUCUUUAUGUUUGAGAAAGGCUGCAUGUUCCUCUGUGUUUUUGGCCUUCCCGGGGAUAAGAAGCCAGAUGAGUGUGCACAUGCCCUGGAGAGCUCCUUCAGCAUCUUCAGCUUCUGCUGGGAGAAUCUUGCUGAGACCAAGCUUGUUUCCAUCAGUAUCACCAACGGACCAGUAUUCUGUGGCGUGAUUGGGGCAGUAGCGAGACACGAAUAUACAGUUAUUGGCCCAAAGGUGAGCCUGGUGGCCCAAAUGAUAACUGCUUAUCCAGGUUUGGUGUCCUGUGAUGAGGUAACAUAUCUAAGAUCCAUGCUACCUGCUUACAACUUCAAGAAACUCCCAGAGAAGAUGAUGAAAAAUAUUUCCAACCCAGGGAAGAUGUAUGAAUACCUUGGCCAUAGGAGAUGUAUAAUGUUUGGGAAGAGACAUUUGGCCAGAGAGAGAAAUAAAAAUCACCCUUUGUUAGACCGGGAGAAAGAACUAGAAGCCUUCCAAAUGGCACAGCAGAAAUGUUUGCACCAGAAGAAGGGACAAGCACUUUUGUAUGAAGGUGGAAAAGGCUAUGGAAAAAGUCAGUUGUUGGCUGAAAUAAACUUCCUAGCCCAAAAGGAAGGACACAGGGUGUUACCAUUGAAGCUGAAGGAAGCAGAUUUCAAGCAGUGCUUCUAUGCCAUCCAGACUCUAAUGGCCAUCUUCUUUGAGAUUGAUGCAUGUCCAGCCUAUUACCGGCAAGAGUGCCUACACAAACAGCUCUGUGGGAUGGUGGAGGAACCUCUUCACUGCCUUUUUAAUGACCUCUUCUUUGUGAAGUUUCCCUUGUCCUUCAAAGUUUCGCACAUGGAUGACCUGACCAGACAAAAGAAGGUUAAGGCAUGUUUUUUUCAAGUGCUUCAGGAGGCACUGAGGGAAACACCACUGAUUUUCCUCAUUGACGAAGCCCAAUAUAUGGAUGCAGCUUCCUGGGAGUUUUUGGAAACAUUACUCUCCACUGUGCCCAUCAUCAUGGUGAUGACAUUGACCUCUACCUUCACCCUGUGUGGCUGUGCCCAGCACUUCCUGCAGAGCUCUCAGGCUGUCCUUGUGCCCAUUUUGAAGUUAGCAACGACCUCACUGUUGAGAAUGGCAUGUUGGGAACUGGGGGUGGUGAGCAUCCCCCAAGAGCUGCAGAUCUACCUUCUCCACAGGUGCUUUGGAAACCCCCUCUACUGUGAGGUCUUAUGCCAGGACCUUCUCUCCAAAGAUGUAUUGCUCUUUCAUGACCUCCAAAAGGAGGAAAAGAACAGCAAGUGGGAGACACUCUCAGCCAGUGCGAUGAAAUCUACAAUGUAUGGUAUUCUUCCUGCUGGCUCUGAAGAAGACCAGGAACUUUAUAUCUGCACAGUCAAGGAUGAUGUAAACUUGGAUACUGUGCUUCUUCCACCAUUAUUAAAAGAAGUAGCAAUAAACCAGUUGGAUCAAUUGAGCCCAGAGGAGCAGUUGCUGAUUAAGUGUGCUGCAGUCAUUGGUCACUCCUUCCACAUAGAUCUCCUGCAGCACCUCCUGCCUGGCUGGAAUAAAAACAAGCUACUUCAGGUGCUGAGGGCUCUUGUGGAUAUACAUGUGCUCUGCUGGUUCAGCAAGAGUCAAGAGCUUCCUGCCAAGUCAAUAUUAGUGCCUUCCUCAAUCAAGAUUAUUGAACAAACCAAAGAGCAGAUGAAGAAAAAGUCAGAUGCUGACUCUCCUCUCAGUCUGCAAGAGGAAUUAUAUCUACCUCAAACAGAGAUGCUAGAAUUUGGAGUGCCACUAUUACGGGAAGCUGCUUGGGAGCUGUGGCCCAAGGCACAGCAGAUAGCCCUGCACCUUGAAUGUGCCUGCUUUCUCCAAGAUUUGGCCUGCCGCUGUCGGAGCUGUCAUGGGGGGGACUUUGUUCCCUUCCACCGUUUUGCCAUCUGUUCUACUAAGAGCUGCAGUGGGAUCUCCCAGUUCUGUAGUUACAAAGAUACUGGCUCAGUACUAACACAAGUGAUCACAGACAAAUUGCAGCUGCCUUCUCCCCAAGAUAGUUUUCAGUUCCAGACAAAACCAUUCAGAAGUCAGGAGGCCUUCACAAGUGAACACUGCAGAACAGAGGAAGAGUUCCUGGAUCAGGUGAACAGGAAGCUGACUCAGACCAGCCCCAAGAAAGACAUGUUGACCACAAAGCCCUGUCACUGUGAGGAAAUCCUGCAGUUAGUGCUCUCACCCCUCACCCAGCACUGCCUGGUCGUUGGAGAAACCACAUGUGCAUUUUAUUACCUGCUGGAGGCUGCUGCAGCCUCCUUGGACCUGUCAGAUAAUUACAUGGCCUUCUUUUAUUUGAGGAAGGCAAGCAGUCUUCUGGGCCAGCCCUCAGCAUUCUCAUUUUUGAAAAAGCACAAAAUGAAGAUCUGUCAGUUUGAGGAAGCCACUUUCUGCUGUCUUCGGUCAGAGGUCUGUUUCAACAUGGGACAGAUCACGUUGGCCAAAAAAUUGGCCAGGCAAGCCCUUCGACUGCUGAAAAGGAAUUUCCCUUGGACUUGGUUUGGUGUCUUUUUUCAAACAUUCCUGGAAAAAUACUGGCGUUCCUGUUCCCUAAGCCAACCUCCAAACAACCCUAGUGAGAACAGUAAGAAGAAGCUGGCAGUCCUGCAGCAGCGGGUCCACUGCCUCUCCCUGCUCUGGCAGCUCUAUAACCUGGACACCACAGCCAGCAGCCGCAGGUUUGCCUGCCUUGCCACUCUCAUGCAGAAGAAUUCUGCUGAGGAGUUUGCAAAUGAAGCCCAGGUUGUCUCUACCUAUGUGGCUGUAUCCCAGUUCUCCCAGAAUAUGGGUGACAGAGACAGGUGGCUGCAGUGUGAGCAGAUGGCCAUUCAGAAAAGCAGCCUAUGUUGGUUCUCCAGGGAGGGAUUAUUGGCCACAGCGCAGCUCAUGCAGGCCUUGGCCUACACCAAGCUCUGCCUUGGCCAUCUUGACUUCUCCAUCAGGCUGGGUUUUCAAGCUCAUGAGAUAUGCAGACACCUCAAGAAACCAGCUCUGGAGAAUCUGGUUCUCUCAGUUCUUUUCAGAUCUGCUUUUCUGAAGAAGAAAUUUGAUCUAUGUGUCCAUGUGCUGGAGAGUCAGUGGGCGCUCAUUUCCCAGGGUCAUGAUGUCCUUGGCUUGGCCUGCUUCUAUUCUGCUUGCUUAGAUCUGCUGCUUUACGGAAAAGGAUUGCUAUGUCGGUCCUUUGGCGAAUGUCUGCAUUUCAUUCAACACUGUGAGCACAGCUGCAUUCUAAACUCUCAGAGUAAUGUCAUGCUGGGGGUCCACUCAUCUCUGGCCAUGUGGUUUGCCCAGGACUCCCAGUGGAAUCUGUUUGAGCACCACUUCUCCAAGGCUCGCCAGUUGGUGAAAAGAACCAAUGCUUCACUAUUUGGUUCACAUGGCUUUGUCCGAUUCCUGGAGUGCCAUGUGCUAAUGUUACAAAAAAUGCCAGAGGGUGUCUUCAUGCAUACUCCCCCAGAGACCCGCAGCCAAACCCUCAAGUACUGUGAGGAGUUCUUCUCUCGAUGUGUAACCUGCCCCGUCUAUCACCAGUGGGUCUCUGAACUUAAAGCCUCUGUAAUGAGAUAUGGAAAGAGAGAAUCCAUGUCCUCGACUAACAUUGUCAGACCUUUUGACACCUGCUUCACCAGGAUUUGGACAGAGGGAGAAUUCCUGGAGGAAAACAAUUCCUUUGGAAGAAAUUUAGGAAUAGAGAGAUUUGACAGAGUGGCUGAUGUCAAGGAGGAUAAGGAUGAAGAAAUUAAAGAAUGUAUAUGUUAAAGAAAAUCAUCUGAAGGGACCAUGGUUCUCUUGUUGUAUAUAGCACAAAGAAAUGAUGCAAGUUCUCCUUUCUAAGAUACUGUAUAGUGUACAUAUUUAAUAUACUAGCCUUUUACAGUCACCACUAUCUAUAGCUUUGUCAAAAUAAAAGCCUAUGUUUCUGAAGCAUGAAACUUAGAUCUUUCUUAACUCUUAACAGUCAUUGGCACAACUGAGGCAGAAAUUAGAACCAGCAGUAGACUGGAGGCCUGGGAGGCUUUGAAAUGAACUGAUUGCUUCUUAUGUAAGGCAACAUCCAUUAGCAGAUAGAAAACACAGCCCUAAUACAGAGGUAGUGGCUACUUACAGAAAGCCGGCAAUAUGACUACUUUGAUGAUCUCUUGGCACAGAUCUCUUGGUAAUCUCUUUGAUGAUGUCUUGGUAAUGGGCUCAUAAGAAGUCAAGGAAUCUUUUGAAAGGGACACAGUGCUGUGGGAAUCCAUUUUUCUUUUGCACUGUAUGACUUGGGGAUGCCCACAUGAAGCCAAAAUUGCCAAGGUGUGUAUGACUCUAGCUGUCUUUUUAUUCUCCCUUCCUAGAGCCGCCACCUCUGACUUUUUAUCUGUUUGAUGGCCUUUCUUACCCAGAGCCUGAUCUUCCCACUGAUUUUUUUUACACUUUAUAACUCAAUCAUCUAGUGUCCAUAGAGUCUGUUAAUUAAUGUUACAAGAGCUACCAUGUAUUGUUCACUUACUCUGUGCCAGGCACUAAGUGCUUGAAAUACAUUCUUUAAAUCCUUUUAUCAACUCUGUGAAGCAAGUACUUUUAUUAUCCCAUAUUACAGAUGAAGAAACUGAAGCUUAGAAAGGUCUUAAUCCAGGAAACAUAGCCACAAAAUGGUGGAGCUGGAAUUCUAACUCAGAUUUGAUUCCAGAGUUUUGCACUAGGCUAUAAAGGCUUUCAUGGGACCUAGGCUAUGGUAAGCUAUCCUGUACCCAAUCUUCAAUAUACUGUUCAAAUGACCAUGAUCAGAACUUUAAGGACAGGCAGGGAGGUGUUUGGGAAAAUGAGCCGGCUACUUGCCUUUUUAAUCAUGCUGUGUGGUCCGUAUAUUCCAUUCCCACUCUCCCUCCCCCUGCCCUGUCCUUUUGUUACCCUCCCUCCUCUCCCUUUACUCCCACCCUACUCCCCCUUCCAUUCCUCUAUCUCCUACCCCCUUCUUCCUUUGUCCUUCUCACCCACUUCCCUCCUCUCUUCCUCCUCCACUCCUUUAAAUUUCUGAGAUGCAAUACAGACUAGUGCUAAAGAGCAAGGACUCUGGAGCCAGAUGGCUGGGGGUUCAAAUUCUAACUCUGCUACUUAUUAGCUGUGUUACUUUUAGCAUAUAAUUCAUCUUCUUUAUGCUUCAGUUUCCCUUUCUGUAAAUGAGGAUAAAAACAGAGUAAAAGAACAUCAUUGUGCAGAUAAAAUAAAUAUAAAACACUUAGAACAGUACCUGUAUUGUGCGCUUACCUAAUAAGCACUCAAUAAGUAUUAACUAUCAUUAUCAAUUUAAUUUUUAUAUUUUUUAUUUGAAAUUCAGGUUGAAGUUUUAUUGAAAUUUGAAGUGUAUUACUGAAGUUAUCCCUAUGUGAUUUACUAAAUUUUGUCCACCAAUUUGAAAACAUAGAGUACAUUAAAUUUGCUUAGUUACCUAGAUCUAUUCCUGUAUUUUUUAAUCUCUUCUAUUGUGCUUCCUAU